AUGCGGUCCAGGACAUAUGGGAAGGUGGGACAUACUGAAUUUGAGAAACUUGCUGAAUGUCCUGAGGAAAGGACUAAUGGUGACCACUAUCCUUGCCUGGAUGACUUAGAGGGAUUAGUAGCUGUGGGCCGAGAUCUCCCUGUUGGGCUAGAGGAGUUGAAGCAACUGGAACUACAAGUGCUUACAGCUCACUCCUGGAGGGAGAAGGCUUCCAAGACUUUCCUCAAAAAGAAUUCCUGCUACACUCUUCUUGAGGUAUUGUGUCCGUGUGCAGAUGCUGGCUCAGAUACUACGAAACGGAACCGGUGGAAAGAAAAGGAGCUGGGACUAUACAAGUCAGACACAGAACUUUUGGGUCUCUCAGCCCAAGACCUCAGAGAUCCGGGCUCAGUGAUUUUGGCUUUCAAGGAGGGUGAACUGAAGGAAAAAGAAGGCAUCCUUCAUCUUCGUCAUGCCAACAUGACCAAGCCUUGCCCAUCAGCACUUAUAUCUGAUGAUGUCACACCCUCAUCUUGUUUGUGUGGGCGGGCACCAGUGGGUGAGGGGGCUAUCCAGUGUGAUCUGUGCCAGGAUUGGUUCCAUGGGAAAUGUGUAUCAGCCCCUCGACCCGGUGUACCCCGGCCACUGAAUCCUAUCUCCCCAGUUCCCCUGGCUUGGUGGGAGUGGGAUACAAAAUUCUUGUGCCCACUUUGCAUGCGCUCCCGCCGCCCUCGCCUGGAGACUAUUCUAGCUCUUCUGGUGGCUUUGCAGAAGUUGCCUGUACGGUUACCUGAGGGGGAGGCCCUACAGUGUCUCACAGAGCGAGCUAUUGGCUGGCAGGGUCGAGCACGCCAGGCCUUGGCCUCCCAUGAUGUGGCAGUGCUCCUGGCUCGCCUAGCUGAAUUACGGCAAUGGCUUCAGCAGCCAACUGGACCUCCACCUGGGGCUACUUGCGCCCAGCUUUUUACCCCAGCACCGGUUCCACUGAGAGAGAACAUCAGCAAUGAAACCAAGGUAUCUUUGGACAGUGGUGAUGGCACUAUAAAGCUCAAGAAGACCAGCCCUGGGGGAUUCUCAGACCUAGAUAUGCUGUUAUCACUGCUGCCACAGCUGAAAGGCCCAGUGCUGGAGUUGCCUGAGGCAGCACGGGCUCCAUUGGAGGAGCUGAUGAUAGAGGGUGACCUGCUUGAGGUGACACUGGAUGAGAACCAUAGCAUCUGGCAGUUGUUGCAGGCUGGCCGUCCUCCGGAUUUGACACGGCUCCGCACAUUACUUGAGCUGGAGAAGGCAGAGCAGGGUGGAACCCGAAUUCGGGGUCGAGCACUAGAGAAACGGCAUCGUCUGAAGACAGAGAAGAGUGGUGAACUCAAGGAUGCAUCCCGGGAACAGCUGGAGCCAAAGAGAACACGGGCCAGAGUGGCAGUGGGUGAAGAAACUAUGAAGGAUCAUGAAGAGGACAGGGGCAUGGGACUUCCUGGUGGUGUUGCUGUCUCUGCAGCUAGGCUGAUCAAGGAGAGUGAUAGUCCUAGUCAGAGCCAGCAUAAUGUAGAGGCAAUUGGAGGUUAAGUGACUUGCCCAGGGUCACACAG